CCCGGUGGAGCAGCAGCCCAGUGACAGGAGGCGGAGGAUGGGAGCGGCCCGAGGGUAGGCAGCGGGAGCGGCCGGCCCCAGCUUCUUCCCCUCACUAGCCCCUGCGACCCGGCACCCCCUCAUCCGUACCUGGAGAAGCGGGAGGCAGCGACAAGAGGAGCCUUGUCACCAUAGAAAAAAUAAUCCGGAUCUUCCAUAUAAAAUCACCCUCCACCAAAAAGCUUGGUUGAUUUGCAAAGGCAUUCGGAGGAGCCGACACUUUACGCGCUGCAGGGAUGCCGUAAAUCACGCAGGAUUUUCCUUGCGGCAGAGCCAAUUUUAAGGAGGGAGAGAGCGGCUGUUGGCGCCGGGCUUCAGUAAUGGGCGACACGAUGGAUGCGGGCAGAGAAAUGAAGAAGACGUUCAUUGUCCCUGCCAUCAAAGCCUUCGAUCACUAUGAUUUUUCCAGAGCCAAGAUCGCCUGCAGCCUCUCGUGGUUGGUGGCGAAAGCAUUCGGGACAGAUCAUGUACCAGAGGAACUUAGAGCAUUUUACACAGACCAGUAUGAACAGGAACACAUUAAGCCACCUGUUGUCAACUUGCUUCUUUCUGCUGAGCUGUAUUGCCGUGCUGGGAGCCUGAUCUUGAAAAGUGAUGCUGCCAAAACACUACUGGGUCAUGAUGCAGUUGUACAGGCGCUUGCACAGAAGGGUCUUUAUGUCACAGAGCAGGAGAAACUAGUGACAGAGAGAGAUCUUCGCAAGAAACCUAUUCAGAUGACUGCCCAUUUGGCCAUGAUUGACACACUGAUGAUGGCUUACACUGUAGAGAUGAUCAGCAUUGAGAAAGUGGUCUCCUGUGUCCAGCAGUUCACAAACUUCUUCCCAGCCACAGAACUUCCGUAUGACAUUGAAGAUGCCAUUGUCUGCUGGAUAAAUAAGGUAAACGAACAUUUGAAGGCAAUAGUUAGUCACGAGCAGAAGUUGAGGCGACCACAAGGGCCAGAAACACCUGGAAGUCAAAGGUCUCCAACCAAAUGGUAUUGGAAACUGGUUCCUGCUCGCUACAGGAAAGAUCAAACACUACCAAAGCAACUGCCCUGCAUCCCGCCAGUGGAAAAUCUGUUGAAGGACACCACCGAUGGUUGCUCAUUAGCUGCACUGAUCCAUUUCUACUGUCCUGAUAUUAUACGAAUGGAAGAUAUAUGCUUGAAGGAGACCAUGUCAUUGGCUGAUGGCUUGUAUAAUCUGCAAUUGAUUCAAGAAUUUUGUGAAGGUUAUCUGAACCAGUGCUGCCACUUUCUACUUGAAGACAUGCUCUAUGCAUCUUCAUCAAUCAAGAAUAACUAUCUGGUAUUUAUGGCAGAGCUGUUCUGGUGGUUUGAGGUCGUGAAGCCUCCUUUUGUACAGCCCAGAUUGGCUUCUCAGUUGGAAGAACCACUUCACCCAACAAGGAACAUCCCUGCUGCUUUCCCGAUAUCAAAUGCUACUAGAAAAAGCUUCAUGGAAACUUCUCCCAUCUCUGAGUUUGACUGCAGCAAAGUGAGUCCAACAUUUUCGCCAUCACAGCCACUUCUGCCACUGCGGCACACUCAACACCGUCCACAUUCUUCAGAUUCAGGAAUCAUGCGUCGAUCUACCUCCAUGUCUUAUGUGGAGGGUUAUGCUGGGACUUGGCCUGAAAAGAAACAAAGAUCCUUUCCCCAAGCAGUGUCAUUCAAUAUCCCCUUUGAUUCAGACAACAAUAUUGAUUCAUCCACAAAAAGCAACCGAACAAUAAUGAGAUCAAUUAGUAAUGACAGUUUGAUUUCAAACAUUAACAACACUCCCAAACAUUUGGUUAGAAAUGAAUCUUUGCAGCCAAUAAAUGGACAGAGCAAUGGAACAGAAGAAACUCAUCUAUCUAAUCAUGAUUAUGAGAAGCCAACUAAAGGCUCAGCCAAGAGACCUGGCCCAGCAAUGGACACUCUGCGAAGACGCCUCAUGCGAGAUGUAGUAUCAAAUGGGCCAAAGGAAAAUAACUUUGAUGUUGGAGACUAUGAUAAUCACAAUGGGCCACCAAGUAUUGAAGAGGCUCUACAAAUAAUUCAUGAUGUAGACAAGCCUUAUCUAGAACUUGAAAAUGAGCAACUAGCUGAUGGUUUUUUCCUACAUGUUAAAAAUGCCAAUGACAUUACUGAAAAGUCCAAAAUGAAUCAAACCAGCAGCCUAGAUUCUAUCACAGAAGUUAAGGGUGCUACAAGCCCCUUGACUGAUAAUACUGAGGCAGACACAGGGAUCCAUGUUCCAUCUGAAGAUAUUCAAGAAACAAUUGAUGAAGACUUUUCCUUGAGAGAUUACACAGUUAGUAUGGAUUCAGACAUGGAGGAUACUUCCAAACUUCAUGACUCUGAUCUAAGAAGUGAUGAUCCUAACAUUUUAAUUUCAAGUUCAAAUUGCUUGACUGCAGCUCUACAAGCUGGAAAUAGCAUUUCUCCUGGUUCUUCAAUUAAAAUGACCAGUUUUGCUGAACAAAAAUUUAGGAAGUUGAACACCCCUGAUGCCAGGUUGAGUAGCAGUAGUUCUCAAAAGACUACUCCAGAGAGCUCAGAGCUCUGCACACCAGGUGUGGUCUCAAGUUGCCAGAUACCUGAGCUUAGCCCUAACAAAAUAACCAGAGAUCCUGCUCAGCUGCUAGCAUCUGAAAUGAUUCAGCUUAAAAUGAAACUUGAAGAAAAACGUCGAGCCAUUGAAGCUCAGAAGAAGAAGGUUGAAGCGGCUUUCACAAGACAAAGGCAAAAAAUGGGUAGGACAGCGUUUUUGAAUGUGGUGAGAAAGAAGGGUGAUGACAUUUCUCCACUGAAGGAGGAACCUGGUGGUGAACAUGAAGACAGAUCUGGGUCUGGUGAGGAGAAAGACUAUUUGAAACCUGAGACAAUUGGAAUGAUGGGCAACUCCGCAGAUGGUGAUAAAGAGGGUGUUCAGUCUUCAACCACUACAGUUGAAUCAGAAAAACAAGUUGGCUGGAAUUUAAGCAGCCCCACGGAAGAAGCUUUGGGUGAUGUUGACAUUGUGGAAUAUAACAGACUAAUUGAGAAAAUGAAUACAGCUUUGCAUGCCCUGCAACAAGAGAUGCAACGCCUGGCAAACCAGCAGGAAUUAAUAAUGCAGAUGAGAGAACAACAGCAACAGCAAGCCUGGGUAAUUUCUCCUCCUCCUCCUCAAUCAUCAUCGCCACAAAAACAUGUCAGAGAGCUUCGAUCUUCUUCACGGUCAACUGGGUCACAAUCUCCUUCCCUUUCCUCUUCUGGUGAAUCUCCUCGUUCUACUCAACGAUCUCCUCAAACUAAUCACAGAAGGUCUUCAUACUCUCACGUUAAGAACUCAAAAUCGAGGCCAAAUGAAUUGAAGAUAACGCCAUUAAAUCGUGUACUUACACCCCCGUGUUCUGUUGACCGUCUUCCUCACCUCAGGAAGUUUGCUCCUAGUCAGACCCAGACUAGGUCGUUCAUUUUCCUAGGGGAUGAAGAACCUGAGGACUCUUCAAAAGCAGAAUGUGAAAAAUCAACUAAUGAGGCAGCGGUGCCACAGACAGAGGAAAGUGAAGUGGCAAAUGAAAAGCCUUUAAAGGCAGAGAAAGAGGAUUGUGAGCAGCCUGUAGAGCCUGAAACUUCACAGGUGCCUGUAGUGCCGACAGAAAGUUCUGGGUCUCUUGCAGACACUCCGACCAAAAGGAAACAUCAGGUUGACCGGACAGUCAAGGCAAGCUUAAUUGAGGUUUCCCUUUCUGAACUGAAGCUGUCAGAGGAGGAAGCAGAAGCAGAUGAAGCAAAUAAUGGUGAUGCUGAAAGGGAACAAUUUGAAGAACAGAAAUUGUGUUGUGGAUUCUUCUUUAAAGAUGAUCAGAAAGCUGAGGAAAUUGCAAUGAAACGAGCAGCACUCUUGGAGAAGCGUAUGAGGAGGGAGAAGGAAAAACAGAUCAGGCAACAGCAGUUAGAAGCAGAGUUGGAAGAGAAGAAGGAAGAAGCCAGACUCAGAGCUGAAGAAGAGCGACAAAAGAAGGAAGAUGAAAAGUCACGCAGAGAGUUCAUUAAACAAGAAUAUCUAAGGAAAAAGCAGUUGAAACUAAUGAAGGACAUGGAUAAUGUGAUAAAGCCUCGACCUACCAGUCUAAAACUGAAGAAAGCUCGUCCGAGGUCUUUCCGAGAGGAUCCAUCAAGUCCACGAACACCUGUCAGAUCAUCAGCAGUGUCCUGCCUAUCUUUGGCAUCAUUGAACACAGCAGAUGCCGACAGUGUACAUUCAGGAAAAAAAUCUCCCAGGACAGAAUCAGUUGAUGGAUUUAUGUCACCAGGUUGUUCUGCCAAUCGGAAUGGUGAAAAAGACUGGGAGAAUGACUCAACAACUUCAUCGGUUGCUUCUGCAACAGAAUACACAGGACCAAAAUUAUACAAAGAACCCAGUGCAAAAUCUAACAAACAUAUAAUUCAGAAUGCAAUUUCCCACUGCUGUUUAGCUGGAAAAGUCAAUGAAAAUCAGAAGAACAAAAUACUUGCGGAAAUGGAAAAUUCUGAAGCUAAUAACUUCUUGAUCCUUUUCCGGGAUGCCGGUUGCCAAUUCCGGUCACUCUAUACCUACAAUCCUGAAACUGAAGAAAUCAUUAAGUUGGCGGGAAUAGGACCUAAAAACAUUGGAAGGAAAAUGAUUGAGGGACUCUACAAGUACAACUCGGAUCGCAAGCAGUUCAGUCGCAUUCCUGCCAAAUCAUUGUCUGCCUGUGUGGACGCAAUUAUCAUCCACGGCCAUCUGUGGCAGCAUAAAAGACCCAACACUCCCAAAAAGCUCACUCCAAGGUCCUAGUAAGGACAGCCAUCAUGAAAAUAGUAAUGGCAUUAAGCAAUUGCACUUCAUCGUAACUGCCUGAGGACAAGGGGUUUUCUAGUUACCCAGAGCAUUCCUUAUGUUUAUAAAUUUGAUCUGUCUAGUACAUACAAUUGAAACUGGACACCCAACUCCGCUCUCAAUAUGCACAACUGGAAUGUAUAGGUUAAGGGUCUUAGAUGGACAUCACUGUUACAAUUAGAGGUAAAGUGAUUCAUUGUAAAAAAAAUUUUUAGCUUGAUCAUGCAAAUUGACAAUUUGUAACAUCACUACCAUAACUCGUUGUUUGGUACACUGGAGAAUCAUUAAUCUGAAUGAUACAUGUUUAGUCAGUAAUAUUUUUUUGCCUUCGUCACAUUUUUUAUGUUUUUACAACUGUCAUACAAUUUGACUCAUGUUUUAAAGGGUAGGUCUUUUAUAUCAUUCAGUCUUUAAUGUUUGUUGUUCUUCAGUAUUAGCCAUAUCUGCAUAAAGGGGCUGAUGUUAGCUGAUUAGUGCAAAAGGGUGCUAUAUUGCAUUGAUUUACUUAAAUACAAAGCUACUUGCCUGAUACUGAUCCAGAAUAUAUGUUUGAAGCAGGUUUUAUAACAGUAUUACAAGUUAACCCAACAAUCUUCGGUUUUCAGUGUUAGAAGUACAGCAUCAUUGACAUGACAAGGUAGAAAUUUGUCCUCUGUUGCAGGCAAUAAAGCCAUGCGUACUCACAUUUGGCUCCAUUGACGUCAGUGGAACUGAAUUUCUGUAAGUAGAGUACAACAUGUACUAGUAUAUUGUGAUGUGGGACGAAUUUCCACUCUAGUGCUUUAAAGCUAUGGCAAGAAUCCUUAAAAUCUGUGCUGGCAAUCCCAGUGCUUCUGCUAUAGGUUUGCACAACAGUAGUCUUGCAAGGGAAUGGUGUUUGCUUCCUGCUUCUGCUGUUUACUUGAUUUUAAUAGCCACAGGGUACCCUGUAAAUCCAGAAGGGAUAGUGAUAGUUAUUGUACGGUGAGUAAUGAAUAGACAUAGAGGCUAAAAUCUAACACCAGAUCAGUUGUAGUGGCACUAGACAAGAUAAGUUGACUUGGAAAAAAAUAAUGGAAAUGGUAAAGGAAGUAGACUUUUUAAUUGUUUUAAUUCCAUAGUUAGACAAGUAGUUAGGCUAAUGAUCCUUGUGUGUCUUUAUUGAGUGGUAUAAAACUAACAGCUAGAGAAACGUAAUUCACAUUCCCAUCUUUUGAGAACUCAUUCCAUUUGUGAAUCACGUGCAUUAAGUGUUGCCAUAUUCUGGCUAAUUUUAGUUUGUUGGAAAGUAACACCAUAUUGAGAUUAAUUUAAGUAUUUUUUUGUGCACCACUGAAAUUGGAGGCCAUGCAUUGUGGUGACAAGCCAUCUGCCAUUCCAAGAUAAAAACAGAAAAUGCUGGAAAUGCUCAGUUGAUCAGACUGGAUUUGUGGGAAGAAAAAUAGAGUCAAUAUUUCACGUCAAAGACCCACGAUUGUUCUGACAAAGGACCUUCAACCUGAAACAUUGAUUCUGUAUAUCUUCCCAUACAAAUACUGCCAGAGCUGCUAAGUAUUUCCAGUAUUUUCUGUUUUUAUAUUAGAUUUAGAUUUCUGGCAUCUGCAAUUUUUAUUGAUUUUCAUAUGCCAUUCCGUAUUGCUCUGCUGUUGUAAUGUCUAAAAUGGGCUGCUCCAGAAUAUUGUGGAGUACUAAUUUAUAAUCUUCUGUUUCUGCUGCACAGUAUGCCUCGCCGUCAUUCCUGAAAAAUGUAAAUUCUAUUUGUUAUUUUUUUGCCUGGUGAGCAAAUAGCACACGACUACUCUCACACCCACACCCCCAGCCAAAGAAAAGUCUUACUGCGUUUUCUUCAGCUAUAUGAUUUUUACUCUAUCACCUACUUUCCCUGCUAACAGAACUUGUUAAUUUCCAUAUAGUAUAAUUCUUUUAGUGGAACUGCUUUCUAAGCACACUAUCUAGGUGUUUCUAAAAUGUAACCCAUUGUAUAAAGUCUGAUCUUUAAUACUGUUCUUAAAUUUUCAUUUUUAAUUUUAUAAUGCAGAGCAAUUAGUUAUUUAAGCUUUUAACGUUUUUAUUUCUGUUGUCAACAUAUGCAUCUUGAGAAUUCAUGGUACUUUCCCCUUGAUUGGGUUACCCUGGCCAUUUUAUUUCCUUUCUGUAUCUUGGCCCAUCCUGAUGAAUGCCCUUUAGAUUCCUCAUGCUGUUUUGGUUUUAUACAUCUGGUAUUAGUUUGAGAUCUUGGUUUAUUUCAUUUUAUGACCACGACACUUAUCACCCCUCUUGACUGUCAUGUUUCUAUUCUAUUUCCCCCUUCCUUCAAUCUCCUUGCCAUGUCACAUGACUCCCACCUGCCCCAUAUAAUAGUUAUAUCUCUCCCUGUAUGUUUUCAUGUGAUAUCCAUCUUUUCCAGAGCCCAUAAUGUAGACAUUCUCUGCCUCAUUCCCUUGUGUUUCUGUGUUCGAUUCAUGUUCCCGCUCUUUUUUUUUCAGUCUGAUUGUAUUUGGAAUCUGACUAAGAAAUAUAAGAGACGGCAUCUUGAUUGAAUUGAUUUUAAAAUAUCACUGUAGCAGACCUUUUGUGAGAUUUCAUGCACCCUUGAUCUUUUAAAUUCUUAGAACUGCUUGAAAAAGCUAUGAUUUGCUCACACAUGCAUGAAAACUCAGUACUUUCUUCUAUAAGACUUGUUCCUGGUCUGACAAGGUAUUUCUGUGCCAUAUACCCUUUCUUGAGAUUAUCUGCUCACUCACAUGUACCAGUAUUGCUGCUCAUGAUGAUGGGAAGAUUUUACUGGUGGUCAUUUCUUGAGUAGCUUUAUAUCUUUUCAGCAGUUUAUUGGAGCAUCUGGAAACCAUUGGAAUGCUAUUCGGACAGGUAUACAUUUUCAUGGCUUAGUUGAUCCUAGCUUUUGUCCUCCAGCACUCACUUUCCCUCUCCGGCUUCUUUUGCCUGCCUUUCUAUCAGACUUUUGUUUGGUUUUUCUAUAAAUAACUUGAGCAAAUCUUCCUUGUUGCACAGUAGUUUAUGAAAGUCUGCCAUGUAUAUGGGUUAUCACAAACAGAAUUAUUUUAGGAUUAACAACAAAGAUAAUUGCUGAAAUGGUACUGGUAUAAUAAAAUUCUAGACUUGACUCCAUAGUGGAGUUUACGAUCAUUUGGCCAGUUGGAUUGUUAAAAUGGUUUGUUUUACACUUUUAAGUUCUCAAUGCCAGCAGAUCCUGGCAAUUUCAAUCACAUGAAAUUCUGCCUCCACCCAUCAAUUUUUUUAUAUAAUUAUGUAAUUGCACAUAAUACAAUAAGGUCUAUUGAGAUGUUAUAUUAAAAUGUACAGUGUUGAACUUUUUUUAAAAAAAUAAACGUUAGGAAUCUUUCUGCUUUUCCAUCUUGCCAUUAUUUUCCUUAUUGCUGUUUUUGUUUAAUUUUACAUUGCCUAUUUUCUACAUGUUAUCUUUAUCUUUCUUAAGUAUCCUAAAUGCCCAUUAUCCUGCAGUAGUCCAUUUUAACAACCAAAUCAGUAAAAUCAAACAUUUUGAAAAGCUGUUAACCAGGAGAAUGAACAUUGAAAGUUUGAAUUAGUUGCUCUAAUUUCUUAAAAAAUAACUUAAAAUUUGAGUUUUUGACUGAAAGUAAAAAUGGCCCAUUCAGCGAGGUAACCAUUUGGGAGACUAGAUGACAGAUUUUAAGGAAGAUGAAUAAUUUGUUUCUAAAAGUGAUUAUUUUUACCUAGGAGCCACAUCAGCACAAUGAGGAGGUGCUUGUAGAGAGAGACAGAGCAUGUGAAAUUUUUAAUUUGUGUUGAACAUGAUUAGUGCAGCAUUCUGUAAUGCUGAGAUUAUAUUUGCGCUUUGCUGUUUGCAUUUCCAACUCAUUGCUGUCUUCCAUUUCCAGCAUUUUUGUAGUGAUGUUUUCUUUUGCUGCAGUUUUAAUCUGCAGCACAUGCACAGUAAUUUACAGGUUCUCAUAAAAUGCUGGUUAUUUACCUACUACCUAUUUUUGCCUGAAACCAGGAGUCAUUGGUUGUAGAUAGAAUAGGUUUAGGUGGACAUGUGUGCAAGCAACAAGCUUUAGAGCUACUAUCCUGUACAAUCUAUUUAAAAUCAACUGGCAGUGUUCAACUGGAGAGGUUUCAUCAGGAAUUCAUUUUUACCUUUUAAAGGAUUAAUGCAUUGCUUUCCAAGAGUUUGUUCCCCAAGGGUAACAGGGAAAAGAAUAGUAAUGGGACAAAUCAAAGUUCUUACAUUUUGGCAUCUCAGUAAAAUUUGAAACUAUGUGUGGCAUUGAUUCUCUUUUUAAUAUAAAUUUGCUUUUAGAAGUCGUACUAUCAAUGGAUAUGAUUAAAGGCUACAGUUUUGGAACUGAUCACAAAACAUUUUGGGAAAUCUGCUACUUCGUUAUGGAUGAUGUUAUUAUCAUUCAGACUCUGGCAGGAACGUGGUCUCCAAACCGACCACUUCCCACAUUUAGUAACCUAGACUUUGUUUCUUUUUGUUUGUCCGUGCAUAGUUAUCAAAAGCGAAAUGCAUUGGGUUGGGUGGAGUCUGUGAUAGUAAGAGAAAUCUCUUAAACCUUCCUUGAUCAUAAUACUUGUUUCCUGUGGAAAUUCCCACUGCCAAAUCUGAUGUUCUACUUUCUAGGAAUAUUUGGAAGGAGGCAGAAAGGUGAAGGGGCAACUUGCACACUGGUGUAUCUUAUUAACCGAUGUACAUAGUGGUAAAUUUUCCCAAAAUAUGGGUUACAACAUCAGCUGGGUUUGCAUUUGGCCCCCAGUGUCGCCUUGCACGUUAGAACUCUUGCCCACCUAGUGUUGGACCAGUCUUUCUGAUGUGCUGGAUUAGCUUCCUAACUCUUGCUGUCAGAUCAUAUCUCCACUCCCACUCCCUUGACAGUGAAGGCCUACAGCCCCAAGUUCUUCAAACCUUGCAAUCUGGACAGCAAGUUUUCCCAGACUGGGUUAUGAAAAGAUGCUGGAUGUUUUACAAGAAAAGCAUUUUUUCUAAAAGUGAAGAUUUCCCCUCCAAAAAAGGGAGCGAUUUCACACAGGUGCUUGACAGAUUUUACAAUGACUGGCAAUUUCUUUGCUUACAAUUGCUUUGGUUUUUCUAAUUUUAUUUCUGUUUUUCUGCAAACAUCAUGGUUUCAGCAUGCACAUUCUGCUUGCAACCAUUGUCACAGACCCUCACCCCAAGUUUGGAAAGCUUGCUGUGGUUUGAGGGCAAAAGGGAGGUACUUUUUUUUAUUUAUAUAUAUAUAUAUAUAUAUAUAUAUAUAAAUAUAAAUAAAAAUGUGUGUGUGUGUGUUUAGAAAUAAAUAAUUUAGAUGCUGUUGAGGAAAAUCAUGUUGCAUAUUCAUCCUUUAUUUCCUAUAUUCACUUAAAUUAAUUAUGUCAGCAAACCUUUAGGUUUAUUUUUCCAAUCCAGCCCAAUCAUACAAAAACUACAGAUCUGGUGAUUUAAAAUUUGGAUUUCCUCUUGAACGAUGGGAUUUAUCUGGCAUUGCACUGAUUUUUUUCUAACAUAUGAAUAAUAUUUGGAACAGAAUAAUUUGAAGAUUUUAAAUUUUGCAUUAACUUAUGUGGCAUUAUUUAACAUAGGGCAAAGGUGUGCUGCAUUGAACUAAGCAGAAUGGUAAAGUAAUAUCAUCAACGUUGCAGUGUCAAUGAAAUUUAAAUGGGCUUAAUAUAUAUAAUAUAUUCUAAUUUCAUGCUUUAAAUAUAUUGUUUUGUGGAUAAGGAAAUGCAUGCUGGUAGAAAUAGAAAAGCUGUUUCUGUUUUUUUUUUCUAGUUAUGUCCUGUACUAUGUGAUAUAACACCAAUAACUUCCAUAUAAUUUCAGAAAUGCUGCCCUGUUGUCCAGCAGUAAGUAAAAACCUUCAGGUGAAGACACAAACUCUUUGAUUCAUGCACUGAAAUUGUCAGCCAAAAUUCUGGUUUCACCUAUGUGAAGCGUUUUAAAAUCUCAAACUGCAUGUUCUCAGCCUGGCUGAUAAUUGUGCUGCCACAAUCAUUGUAGCAGGGAGGAAGGGGGAAAGCUUUUUAAUGCUCUCCAGUUACAGUGUGUGAUCUGAGAUAGUGAUUGUGUUGAUUUUUCCCCCACCCUUUGCGAUUUGCUUGACCAUUGCCCAAAUGUAGUCAACUUGUCUGCCAGUUGAAAUGCUAUACAUGCUAGACAAAGGAUGCACAGUGCUUCAGCAUUUUAGCAGUUAGUGGUUUCUCUUCUAUUUGCUCAGAGGCUUUAAAUCCUUUAGAUAUGAAAUUAAUAUGCAAAACAUGUUUAACAUUUAAAUCUAAUUUAUGCAUUUGUUUUGUACUUUUGUUAACUGUAUGCAAAACCCUAGUUAUGGACCUCACCUAUGGUCAGUAACUGAGAGUCUUGUUUAAUUUUGGAAAUUGCAAUAGGUGACACUUCAUAAUACUGUCUGCAUGUUACCAAAGUUGAGGUUGUAUGUAAUGCAUAAACUGUGUAUUGAUUUGUAUAAGUGAGCAUGUACAUAAAACCAAUAUUAAGAGUUUGCUUUGAUCAGCACAUUUUGAAAGUUAAUCAUAUAGCUCCAAACCCAUUAAUAAAACUCCUGGAUGGCAAUUGUUUUUCAAAGAAUAAUUAGUGCCAUGAAUCAAAUUUGAUUAAUACUUUCAGGAACUGGAUUAAAACAACAAUUAUCCAAACCUUGGAAUACUUGUGUCACAACGCAAGUUACAAAAUACAAUAAUUUAUGUUCUUUCUGUCUUUACAUUUUCCUCUUCCUGUAGAGUGUCUUAUUUUUAGCAUUUUUUGAUGUUUGGAAUAGUUACAAGUAACCUCCUCUUGGAUCUCUAGUCCAAAAUCAUUCAAUUACUGGGUGCCAGAGGUAUUCAGGGUCAUUUUAAGAUGUCUCCUCUUUUGAUGUCUGUGCAUCAUUUUGCUGUUUAUGGGUGCCCAGAUCUGGAUGUUAGUGCAUAUGUGCCACCAAGCAAUAUUGUUUCCUAUUGUUAAAUGUUUAUUAUAUUUAAUAAACACCUUUCAAAAUAACUUUCUUUUUAAAAUGUAGGUGUCUGAACCAAAAGCAGUAAAUAAGAGGUUUAGGAACAAUGAACUGACAAGGGGAUAAGCCUUUGCAUUACUACUGCAGUUCCCAUAUAUUUGAUCAUUAUUGUACUUGGAGGAUGCUUGAGCAGUGUGUUCACAAACAAGAAUAGUCACUUUUAAUUUAAUGUUAUUGGUCAAUAAUUUUAUUUUUUGAAUUAUAGUCGAGGAAAGGAAUGGAAAGACGUAUAUGUCCAUGCCUUGGACUUGUAGCUUUUUUGCUCAAUUACAGUCGUUAUUGGAAAAGCUCAUUUGGGGAUAGUGUGGUUUUCCAUCCAGUCAGAAACACUGGUGCUUUCAUCAUGGCUUUAUUUAUAGAAUAUGAAAUAUAUUUGUUUCUCCAAUUAAAGUAAUGUUGGGAGUCAUUAAGUUACUGAAACCUUCCUGGUUUCUCUCUUUGGAGUUUAAUCUCGGUUGACUGUUACAGAAAGUUUUGGCUGUUUAAAGCCAGAAUGAACUAUUGAAUUUUUCUUAGCCUUCAUUGCUAAAUGUACAGUGUGUUCUAUGUUCAAACUUGAUGAUCUGUCCACUUUAAUGGAGCUCUGCUUCAAUUUAUCAGAUGCUGUGCUGUCUAAUUCUGUCAUGCCAUCAUUUAGUUUGCUAGAUACUAGUACUGUGGAAUAUUUUUUCUUUGAAUAAAGUAAAUAAA